AUUGUGACAGCUGGAGAUUGUCAAGGUGUUGACAUAAAUGGAAUGCCUAGGAAUACGUUUGGAAAAACAAAAGCCAAUUUACAUACAAUAUAUGUAUAUGCAAGCACAAAGGGAGCUUAGGAAUACAAAAUAUUGUUAUGGUUAUGAAUGAAUUAUUGCUGUCAAGUGUGAUGUGUUGCGUUAUUUAUGGACAUUCCCAGCGUUGCAGCCGCAUCGCACAAAUUGAACUACAACAGGCGGCGGCAAGAAGGGACAAAAAACAAAAACAAAAAAGGGCAGGGCCAGGCAGAAAAUUUAAGUGCCCCGGCGACCAGUGGAGUGCCCCACGGCCCAGCCAAACGAACCAAUUUCGUAGCGGGCAGCCAUGUGCCCCAAAAAAGUGGCAGCAACAGCAGCAGCAGCGGCAGCGGCAGCAAGUCGUGCAUGAAGCUCAGGACAAGGGACGCGACAGCACAAAAAUCAGGCAACGGAGCAUGACAAGCAAACGCAACGUAGCGCAUCCUGUGCCGCCAUUGCCAUCGCCAACGCCAUCGCUGCUGCCACCACCAAAUGUUGCUGCCACAAGCCAACAGAUCACCGCCUGCUGCUGGGCAACUUCAAAAUGCUGCUGCUGCUGCUGCUUGGGACUACUAUUGGGUCGCUCACUCUCGCUGCUGUUGCUCUAUGGCUGGCUGAGUCUCACGCUCGUGUGAUAAUAAAAUGAAAACUUUGAGCCAAAGCCAGGGAGCAGCCGGCCAGGGCUGGCACAGGCGGACCGACCAGGGCUAACAGGCGACCAACGGCGCACCGCAUGUCUGGCAUAUUUAAUUUAUUUAUUUUAUGCAAAUUUCGGAUAAUGUAUCUGCGGCCGCAGGACACAAAACAACAACAACUGCAACAACAACAACAACAACGGCCAAAACAUCAAGGGGUUUCUCCAAGUUGGCGCAUCAUCAUCUACGACCAGCAGCAGCAGCAGCAGCAGCGUCAGCGGCAUCAAAAAAUUCUAAUGAAAGCAAUUGUUGCCAAACCGCGCACAAAAUUAUGCUGCAUAGCCACGCCCACACUCCCACAGCCAACUCCCACACUAAACGGAAUACCUAGCCAAGCUGGUAACGGCUGGCUGCGGUUGCCAGCGCGAUAUUUAGCAUUACACGGUUCAUUGUCUAAAGUGGCGCCCGGGGAGGCCACCCCCCGCGCAUCCACAACAUACCUCAACAUCAACCCCCCUCACCAUCAACCUGUCCGCCAUAUCUAUUGUAUUUAUUCAAAAGUUUGAAGCCGCCUGCUUGCACUAACUACUAAUGUGCGGUUGUCUCUCUGUGUGUGUAUGUGCAUGCUUUUGGUGGGCGUGGCAUUGUGCACAAGUUCUAUCUAGCGCCAUUUGGUUUUUAUUGUUAAACUGCUAAAAAGUUUUACCAUAAUUUUAGCCAGCUUUUAGCUUUGUUAUUUUUCUACUCUCCGCCGAGCUGCAAUAACGAAAGAUAUUUGAAAAUAAAGCACCAAAAGUCGAAGCUUUAA